AUGGAAUCAUUCAGUACAUUCUUGUUUCAGAUAUACAAGGACUUUGAUCAAUAUAUUGAUGAGGAGUAUGGUCAGCAAUCACAACAACAACAAUCAAAGACAUCAACUUCAUCACCUUUGAUCGAUUCAUUAAGUAGUAGCAACAGUACACCAACAACAUCAACACAGACAUCAACAUCAUCAACAUCAUCUACAUAUAAUGUAGACUUCCUCAAGGUUGGAAGAGACUUGAUCAAACAUAUUGCAGCAGCUGAACAGGCUAAUGAACAUGAGGAAGUCAAUCAAUACUUGGAGUUCAUAAUGUGCAUGUGCUUCUUCUCGGGCAAUCAAUCAGUUUGGAGACCAUUGAUCGUUGAGAACAUACAACUGUUUGCAAAUAAGAUUAUAACAAAGGAUUAUGUCGAUGGUAUACCAUUCUGCUACGCCAUCCCCUUUGGCAGUCGCGAGCUUCUCGAGCUGCUGGUGUCCCACGGCAUGGACCUGGCCAUGGAGCUGGACAAUGGCUACGUCAUGACAUCGGCACUCUACGGCAACGUGGAGGCGUACGACUUCUUCCACGCGCGAAACGCACGACUUAAUCAUCGCAACAACAAUGGAGACACGGCACUAUUGUUCGCGGCAAUGAAUGGCGAGAAUGUGUUGCUGGAGAAGCUGGCGCGUGGUGGCGAGGACCUGCGCGCCGUCAACAAUCAUGGCUUCAACGUGUUCAUCUGUGCUGCAUUCCACAAUCAAGCCGACACCAUUGUGUUCCUGGCCAAACUGGUUGAGCGCAUGCACGGCAAGAAGCAACUGUUGACCAUGAUCAAUGCCAAGGAUAAAGAGGGCGAGACGCCCAUGCACAUUGGCGCUCGACUAGGCUUUACCAAGACCGUGCGAGCAUUAUUAACGCAUGGCGCUGAGAUGAACCUGGGCAACAAGGCCAAACAGACUCCACUGGAUCUGGCACGACGUGCACUGACAUCAAUCAAGAAGGAUCCAAACUACUUGACACCGUCAUCGGCAGCUACAGCCACACCAAAGUCAUUGAUACAGCAUGAGAUGUUUGAACCACUGCCACACAUCAGACGUCUACUGCCCGACGACUUUAAGAACAGACUGGUCAGCAAGCUCAACCUAGUGCGCAAGGUGAAGCGAUCUAUCAAGUCGUACCAAAAGGUGAUCAAUCUAUUUGACGAGCGAAUCAAGCAGCGAGAGAUCGAGAUCACCAAGAACCUCGAGGAGUUGCUACUCCAGGAGCAACAACAGAACAGCAAGAAGAAGGGUGGCGGUGGCAAGAAGGCCAACAACAAGCAACAAUCAAAGCGAGACAAGGCAAAUAAUAUUGGACGACCAAGUACACAGAGUACGGCUGCCACUGUGGCAGUGCGCGUGGACAAGAUACAACAACAGGCAGCGGAUCAACUUGCUCAGGCGAGUGUAGAGAAGGAGCUAUGCAUAUUGGAGGAGCAAGAUCAAGACACGCCCAUUGAUACCUCAUCAUCCCCGACCCCAUCCGAAUCAACUACAUCACCUCAACUUCAAUCCAACUCGAUCAAUCAAUCACCUGAUGAGCAUAAACCGACACAUCAUCAGUCCCAUCAUCACCAUCACCAUCACCAACACACUCAACAACAACAUGAUGAUUAUAGAGACAAGUAUAGGGAUCUUGCGAUUAUGUACUUGGAGCAGUCGGCAAGGUUGAAGGAGACUUUGGAACAGCUGACAGAGAUAGAGAACCAUUUCAUCGAGUACAAGGAACAGUUGUAUGCAAAGAAUGAGAAGGCAGAGGCGUUGGGAUUGGGCGUAUCAGAGAUACUUGGCACAGGACUAAACUAUCUAAACAAGCUAAAAUUAUACGAGCGAAUAAAUGAUCCAAUUUAA